GUGCUAAUCCAUACAAUAUUCUAUCGACCCCUUGGCGUCAUUUCAGAUCUACCGAGGAUUCUUCACAACGGAAGUCAGAAUCUUGAAGCUGUUGGCAUGACGACAGAUGUUCCAAUCACAGAUGACAAUGCGAGUAUAGUAUCGAUAGGGACCAGACAACAGGCUGUACUUCCAAUGUAUGACCUAGUUAUUCAUGCUACGGUUGAAUCAUUGAUUGCAUUAGUUAUUACUGGAGGUAACAGCAUUGUCCUGGUCAGUAUUUUGCUUCACGGGAGCUUGCGCACGGUGAAUAAUAUGUUUGUCACGAGCCUGGCUAUCGCGGACCUCAUUAUGGGUGUCAUUGUAAGCCCUCUCAGAAUCUACAUGGUGUAUCUGAAACCUAUCAUUUAUGGUGAGCUCACUCAAAGUAGAUUGACAUGUCAAUUUCGUCUGUUUUUCCAAAAUAUUUCAUUUGGCGUAUCCUUGUACAGCUUGUGUGGUAUUGCUUUGGAUCGUUACAUUGCUAUCGUGCAUCCUUUGAAAUACAAAAACAUCCUCACUCAUCGAAGGGCUGGACGUUCUAUCGUAUGUAUUUGGAUAUAUAUCAUUUUAUUAAGUGCGGUUCCAUUCUUGGUUAAGGACAGCGUUUCUUUUGAGGAUGGCGACACUUGCCUCUUAAACCAAGUCGUCAAACCACUUUUCUUCACUUUUGCUAAAGUCCAUGUAUUUUUGGCGAUAUUCCUGACUGUGACUGCUCAUACAAUAGUUGCAGUGAUAGCCGCUAGAACUAAUGCGAAAAUAAAGGCUGAAUUGGUGUCGUUCAACAAUAACAUUGCCGUCGCACAUCGUAAUGAGAGCAGGAUUGCAAAGGCCAUGAUUUCGGUGGUUGGGGUGUUUCUCAUUUGCUGGCUGCCCCAGACCAUUGCCUCUUUUAUUAAAUUGGAGAAUGAGCCAGCUUGGUACAAAUCAUUAUAUUGUUACUUGAUCGCAUUGCUAGUGGCUAAUAGCGGUAUGAAUCCUUGGAUUUACGCUAUAAAACUUAAAAGAAUGCGGGAGGCCAUGAAGAAUGUUGUACAAUGCGGGAGGCCAUGAGGAAUGUUGUACAAUGCGGGAGGCCAUGAGGAAUGUUGUACAAUGCGGGAGGCCAUGAGGAAUGUUGUACAAUGCGGGAGGCCAUGAGGAAUGUUGUACAAUGCG